AUGUCCGGCUCAGGUGAACACCACUCUGGUCACUCGAGAGAUACUGCAAUCGACUUAACGUCAUCACCCAGCGCAACAACAGCCACGCCAUCACGGUACUCCCAGUCGAUCAGAUUAGCACAGGCACGGGCUGCAGCUUUCACAAGAAACGAACUGCCCUCCCUGCCCGAUCCUCAUAAUUCCCAGAGGUCCAGCGAGAUCGGUCUCCCACAAUGGCAAGCCGACGCCGAUGCAAGUCAUUGCCCGGUCUGCGAAAAUGAAUUCACGUUUUGGUAUCGAAAACAUCACUGCCGCAAAUGUGGGAGGGUAGUUUGUGCAACAUGCUCGCCACAUCGCAUCACCAUUCCUCGA